CUUGGAGACCGAGGCUUGGGGGACGGGGAUGAGUCUCAGAAUCCUCUGCCCCCGCCCCUCCGUCCCGCGUGGUGUGUAGGGUGUGCAGCUACCGGGGAGACCUGCGUCGCUGCGCCCUCAGGGGCCGCUGUUGAGAAGUAGCAAAAGGGAGAAGUGAAUAAACCGCAGCUCCCGGCGCGGGCUCCUGGGCUUCCGCGGGGUGGCUGCAGUGCAGCCGGAGCCACCACCCGCACCUCCGUCGCCGGCCUCGGCUGUGCUCUCUGACCUCGGUGUUUGUCUCGGCCCCGCGGGCACCCGCAACUGCGCAAUAACCCGGCCGGGCGGGGGUCCGGCUCAGGGCCAGCGAGGGCCAGGGCCGGCGUCGUGUCCCGACCGCGGGUUAGCAGCGGGAGGCUGGAGUGCCGGGGAAUGCUCGUUCCCUUGCCUGCAUUAGUGCGCUGUGCCGAUCCGCCCGGGAGCGUGGGGCUCCCCUGGAACCUGGCUUCAGGUAGAGGAAAUCCUCAACACCGCUCCCCAGGAAGGACUUCCCAAAAGAAACAGCCCCAAACCUCCGAGAAUAAGCUGGAGGAAAAGACGCACUCAGAUGCAGGUCACACUGAUAAGUCUGAAGCGGGUUUGCCGAAGGAGCGGACCCGUCUCCCCUCCUGGGCCACCCAGUUCACAGUGGAAUACCAAUUCCCGCCCUCCUCCCCGCUCCAAGAUUCCACCCAGGAGCUGCAGCUGCGCCCGGCAGGCCGCGGAGACCCGCUGAGACCCGCUGAGACGAGUGCCCGGGCGAAGGAGGUGGUCCCGCCUGCCUCGCAGUGCGGCGCGCAGGAGACCGGCUUCCGAACUUUUCCGCCUUGGGGUUGAGGACGCUUGCGCGCACUGUCCCGGGCUGU